UGCAACCACGAACAUUCUUACCCUUAUAUCUCAUGUGUACAUGGUAGAUUUUUCUCUGCAUAAAAAUUUCAGUGAAGCUGCAGGACACUGGUAGGUAGGAGAACAUGCCAUGUUCAGUUUUACUAGAUGAUGCCAGGUUGUUCCAAAGCAGUUGGUUCAAUCUGCCAUGCGCUGGUGCUGUGUGAGAGCUGCUUUUCCUGUUUGCUCUCCAGCGCUCAGGACUGUACAGCUUUCUUGUGUCCUGCCAUUUUGUUAUUGUGUGUUGGCAUUUCUUCAACUAUGAAUAAGAUGCACCAUAUUUUCUAAUACCUGUAGGACACUCGUGUAGCUUCUUUUGUCAAUGGAAUUUUAUUUUUAAUUUUCCUAGUGGAAUGUCGUGUGUGUGUGUGUGUGUGUGUGUGUGUGUGUGUGUGUGUGUGUGCACGCGCGUGUGUGUUACUGGAUAGUGAACCUAGGGCCUUGUACAUUCUAGGUAGGUGCUUUUCCACUGAGCUAUACCUCCCUCCCUCUGUUGAAGUUUCUGAGGCAGGGUUGACCUGGAACUCAUUCUGUAGCACGAGCCCUGAACGUUCUUUCACAUGUACAUGUGUAACUGGUAUACACAAAUGUGCAUAUGUGUGUUUGCUUGUUUGUGGGCACACAUGUGGAACGCUAAGUCUGAGUGCAUGUAUGCAUCCAUGUGAGGACUGAAGUCAAUACUGAGUGCUUCCUCCAUCACUCCCCACCUUAUGCUCUGAGGCAGGGUCUCUUCUAAAGCCAGAGUCUGCAGUUUUGGCUAAGGUGGACUAGACACCUUCCUCAAGGAAUGCCCUGUCUCUGCCUGAGUGCUGGGAUUACAGUUAGUACACACACACACACACACACACACACACACACACACACACACACUGCUUUUACGUGAGAUCUGGGGAUCCAAAGUCCCAUCCCCCAGCUUCAUGGUAAGGGCUUUACCUACUGAUCUCUCUCUCUAGCCCUCGGCCUUGAACUUGUGAUUCUUCUACUUCAGCCCUCUUAAUUUUUACUAGUUCGAAACUUACUGUUCUUUUUGUUUGUAUUUUGGGUGUCUUGCUUAAGGGUUUCUUCUUGACCUACCGUGCCAUACCCGCAUUCCCUGCGGCAGCUUCUUCCUCUAUCAGGUUUCUGUGUUUGCAGGCAUUUUGACCGUCACCACUGUAUUGGUCUACCUCUAUGCUGAAAGCACAUCAUGUUACUGCAGCUGUGAACAUGCCUCACCAUGGCCAGUUAUACUGAGCUGUUGCUCUCACUGUUGUUUUCCUCCUCUUCCUCCCCCUCCUCAUUAUCCUUCUUGUGAGUGGACUAAGCUAUUUGUGCUUCAUAUACACCUUAGCUCCACCUUGUUAAUUUUCAUAGAGAACCCAGUUGGAAUUUGCACCCCUGUGCCACCCAAAUGUCUGUAAUAUUGCCUCUUGGGUUCACAUGUCGGCACUAACAUAAACUUUGAAUCUAAGUGGUUUCCCAGAUCUGGCCACACUGCUCAGAAGAAGACAGUCCACUUUGGAGUUCAACAACAGUGUCAGGGGACCUGAGCUAAGGAAAUUCUAUUCAGCACCUUCUCAGAUGGUCCCCACAGAAACCUCAUACUGUCAGCACACCCCUCCACCUGCCACUCCAACAGGAUUGUUUCAUGGGCAACCCACAGAGGCUCAAACAUAUCCUCAUUCUACGACCCUGCCAACUUCCUCAGUCAAUGCAAGAGCUUUUCCAACCGUCUGUUUCCCAGUGGUAGAAAAUCUGAAAUCGCCCUAGGCUUUGGGUCAUAAUCCUUUCCUCCUUCAUGGCUACGCCAGAGUCUCUUGACCGUAACCUCUUCUCCUCUCCCAUUGCUGCUGUUCCUUGCAUUCUGGACAGUUUCCCCCGGCCUCCAAACCUCCAGAUGAUGCUCCUUGACUCCCCAGCCCCACCCAGUCCAUUGGCGACUUGUCUUGUCUGCUGAAGGGAGGGCAGUGGGAGCUCUCUGCCUUAGUGGGGAGGAACGAUUUGCCAUCACACUGGUUGGAGCAGUUUUAAUACUGCCAUUACGUUUGCUCAUCGUUGUUGCCCUACCUUUUGCCGCAGCGGACUGAUGUUCCACCACGGUCCUUGGCAUUGCUGGAGAUGAUAUGAUAUGAUCUUCCCCACAGGGAUGCUAUGAAAUCGAGAGCUCGCAGGUUUUCUUAUAUCUCACCAGCCCCUGCAUUUGGUGAGCGUUUUGUUAAUACAGAAAUUAUUGGUAAUGAUAUGUUUUGGGGGGGAGGGGUUCCCAUUUCUUGUUUGGCUCCUGUCUUGGUCUGCACACCCUUUCAUGCCCAGUUCUCAAUCAUCAAUUCCACGAUCCUCUCUUCCACAUUCUUGAACUAACUGUUAACACUGCUCCGGAUUCACCAAGGCCUCCUUUUUCUUCCUCUUUUUUUGUUUGUUUGUUUGUUUGUUUGUUUGUUUAAAUAAAGGCUUUUUACUUAGUCUCAAAUGUCUUCCACCCUUCUCUCUGUUCAUCCUCGAUGAUCCAGCUCACGGCCGUUUCCAUGAUGCCUUCAAACUGACCACAAAAAACAAAAGGUGAUUCCCUUUUUCAUGUCCCUCUCUCGUGUCUGCUUCAUCUCCUAAAAGUCUCAGCUUUGUACUUGUACGUAGUUGUGCAAAUUAGGUCGCUGCCCUUAACACUCUCUGCCUGUAUGAGGUUUGCUGGGUUUACCAGUUUUAUAGGGAACGAGGAAGGAAAACAGGGAGGGAGGCAGACCAUUUUGACUUCACCCCAGGCCAGGUAAAAAGUUUAGUUACUGGUAUUUUUGGUUAUUUUAUGUCACCUGUCAGGGGCACCUUCUUUCCAUGCCCCAGGGAAAAUACGGUAGAGUUUCCUCCCUGUCCCCGCUCCCUGCCCCAAAUAAAUAGUCUCCAGAACUAAUGUCCCCAAGGGAACUGACCUCAGUAACCAAUGGACCUGGGUCUCAAAACAGGUGGAGUAGGUCAAGGCUGUCUUAGUCGCCAUCCUUGAGAGGGCGCUGCUCCCAAGUCAAAUCCCCAGGGCUGGGAAAGAAAUGCCAGUGCUUUCCACCAGGACUCUGGCAGCAUCAUUUCGCAGUCCUGCGCGGCCGCAGAGCGCCUGCCCACAGACAUGGCGGCGCCCUGCUCGGCUUCGCGUCGCCCGGACUGUGGGGCCAGAACGAGCUUUGCCAGUUCUCCGGACUUCCUGCACGUCUAGCAUUUAAACGCGAGCCGGGGGCGGCGGGAUGCUGCUGCUGCUGCGGAGUUGUGUGGGCUGCUCCCCACUGCCGUAGCGGAGCCCGAGCGUCCCCUAGACACGCAUCUGGAGAGACCCAGGACCCUCACAACGGCUUCCCGGCAGAUUCGCCUUUAGUUUCCAAGGUUGCAGGUCUCCUGGCUCAGCCCGCAGCAUCCUCCUCCUCAGUCCAUCUGCGGAUGAAGCAGGGACUGGGCUGGGUCCAGCAGUUGGGGCAGCCCGGGCCAUGGUGCAUCUGAGCCCAGUGCUCCGGUAAGGUGGCAGGAGAGGAGGCGCUGUUCAAGCCAGGCGGGUGUCUCUCCGGGGAGCCUUCCCCAGGCUGCCACGAUGUUCAGCUGGCUGGGUAGCGAUGAUCGCCGCAAGAAGGACCCUGAGGUCUUCCAGACGGUGAGUGAGGGGCUCAAGAAACUCUACAAGACCAAGCUGCUGCCCCUGGAAGAGUAUUACCGUUUCCACGAGUUCCACUCGCCGGCCCUGGAGGAUGCAGAUUUCGACAACAAGCCCAUGGUGCUGUUGGUGGGCCAGUACUCGACUGGCAAGACCACCUUCAUCAGGUACCUGCUGGAACAGGAUUUCCCUGGCAUGAGGAUCGGGCCGGAGCCAACCACUGAUUCCUUCAUAGCAGUGAUGCAAGGAGAUGUGGAGGGUGUCAUCCCUGGGAACGCCCUGGUGGUGGACCCCAAGAAACCCUUCCGAAAGCUCAAUGCCUUUGGCAACGCCUUCUUGAACAGGUUUGUGUGCGCCCAGCUGCCCAACGCUGUGCUAGAAAGUAUCAGUGUCAUUGACACGCCGGGCAUCCUCUCUGGUGAGAAGCAGAGAAUCAGCCGAGGGUAUGAUUUUGCUGCUGUCCUCGAAUGGUUUGCUGAGCGGGUGGACCGCAUUAUCUUGCUCUUUGAUGCCCACAAGCUGGACAUCUCUGAUGAGUUCUCGGAAGUCAUCAAGGCCCUCAAGAACCACGAGGACAAGAUGCGAGUAGUGCUGAACAAAGCUGACCAGAUUGAGACCCAGCAGCUGAUGCGUGUAUAUGGGGCCCUCAUGUGGUCCCUGGGGAAGAUUGUGAACACACCAGAGGUGAUCCGGGUCUACAUUGGCUCCUUCUGGUCUCACCCUCUCCUCAUUCCUGACAACCGGAAGCUCUUUGAAGCUGAAGAGCAAGACUUAUUCAAAGACAUUCAGAGUCUACCCCGUAAUGCUGCUCUUAGAAAGCUCAAUGACCUCAUCAAGAGAGCCCGGCUGGCCAAGGUCCAUGCCUAUAUCAUCAGCUCCCUGAAGAAGGAGAUGCCCUCGGUGUUUGGGAAGGACACCAAAAAGAAAGAGCUGGUGAACAACCUGGCUGAGAUUUAUGGCCGGAUUGAACGAGAGCACCAGAUCUCUCCCGGAGACUUCCCCAACCUGAAGAGGAUGCAGGACCAGCUGCAGGCCCAGGACUUCAGCAAAUUCCAGCCCCUGAAGAGCAAGCUGCUGGAGGUGGUGGAUGACAUGCUUGCACACGACAUUGCCCAGCUCAUGGUGCUGGUGCGCCAGGAAGAGACCCAGCGGCCUGUCCAGAUGGUGAAGGGUGGAGCAUUUGAGGGAACCCUGCAAGGCCCCUUUGGGCAUGGCUACGGAGAGGGGGCCGGGGAGGGCAUUGAUGACGCUGAGUGGGUGGUAGCCCGGGACAAGCCUAUGUAUGAUGAGAUCUUCUACACCCUGUCCCCGGUGGAUGGCAAGAUCACAGGUGCCAAUGCCAAAAAGGAGAUGGUACGCUCCAAGUUACCCAACAGCGUGCUGGGCAAGAUCUGGAAGCUAGCUGACAUUGACAAGGAUGGCAUGUUGGAUGACGAGGAGUUUGCCCUGGCCAACCACCUUAUUAAAGUCAAGCUGGAGGGGCAUGAACUGCCUAACGAGCUGCCUGCCCACCUCCUUCCUCCAUCUAAGAGGAAAGUAACUGAGUGACAGAGACAGGUAACUUCAGACAGGCAGUGUUAGAAGAGAGGAUGGGCAUGAUGACCACACACACACACACACACACACACACACACAACUCGACAGUCACACUGUAAAUGAGAAGGGUUCUUCCUUGUUUGAAUACCUCUCCAAGUUCCCAGGGUUGGUAGAAGGGCAGCUUUACCUCCUAUGUCCUAGGGUAUAAGCCUGUGUUCCCACACUCCAUCUCUCAUCCCCCAGAGACAUGAGGCAAUCAACUGGCCACAGAUGGCCCGCCCACCCUAUCCCCCAGUGCCUCCCGCUUAGGUUCUGAGCAGAUGGAAAAGGCUUUCCAUGGAAUAGACAAUUCGCUUCAUUUUCUGUGCUUUUAUUUUUCCUCUUUGCCUUCCUAAUUAGAAGUUUACUCAGGGGCUGGGAGCUGUGAGGGAAAGGAGAAUCUGGGAGAGAUUAAUCACAUCAAGAAACCUCCUUAGGGUACUACAUCCCAGACUAGAAGAGACAUUGGCCUGUGUUCUUUGUAUUUUUCAAAACCUAGGACUCUGUCUUCCUCAGCAGACUUGGACCUCGAACUCUGCCUGCCACUUUGUGUCAAAGAACCCGAAUGGGGAGAGAAAAGGAAAAGCUUAUUAGGAAAGCAGACAGGAGCUGCCCUGUGGUCUUCUUGAACAGGGCAGCCAUAGUUCAUAGGUUUAUCAGGUCCUUUUUCCCCAGCCUCAGAUGUCUGGAUACUCAGUUUCUUUACACACACCAAGCCAUUCCUGGGUGAGAGGAACAGUGUCAGGCACUUUAUAUGUGUUGGUCCCUGCGGGCUUCACUAAUGCACUAGGUAAGAAUGUAUCACUCCCAUUCCUGAACCAGAGACUCAGAGUAGUUUAGGGGAUCUUUCCAAACUCCUGGAGGUCACGAGGAGAGAUUUAAAUCCAAGGCUUAAGACCCCUCUAUUUCUCCCUGUUGUGUGAUGGAUAAAAGGCCCCAGUGUUGCUACCUGGUGACAAAGCACAGAACAAUUCAAACACACAGUCCCUCAUGCGGCCUCCAAGAGCAUCCAAGCAAGGGAGUGGGGCUCACCAGCAUUUGGUGGGCUAUCAAUCUGGCCAUCUGUCACCUUGAAGAAGCAAACUGUGCCUUCUGGCCCUGGGCCUCGUGUUCUCAACAUCACAGGAGUCCACAACCAAGCCAUCAGGAGAGUGGGCUGGCCUGCUAGAUGGUGUUUGUGUUUGUUCCCACUCAGCCUCCCAGCCAUCAACCUGAAGCAUCCCAAAUUCAGCCACGGGCUGUUACCAAGCAGUACUGUGUGCUAAGUCAUAGAAGGCCAUCGUGAGAGUGCUGAGACCUUGUUCUCUGUAGAGUUCCGGGGACUGGUGUCCUCAGCAAAAAUCUCUGUGCUCAGUACCCUCCAUCCUCCUCUGUGGUCUUUCCCUGGGCUUGCUCCAUGGCCACUGGCCCAGUGACUUUCUGCCACACUCCUACUGUGAUGGAGAGCAAAGCAAGUAUAACUUAUUUUGUAUCUAUGUUCAGACUAUAUUAACUGUUCUGUGUAUCUACAAUGUGCUUAUCGCUGCAGUGUGUUUGUCAUUAGGAUUCAUGUUAAUACAACCCAUUUACCAUUUGGUA